GUCCACGCCCAAUAUCAGCAGUUCACCAUCCAAUCAGAGACCUCCAACUUCGUGCUGGCGGUCGAUGGUUACAGUGGCACUGCUGGCAACGGUUUCCUGGAGGGAUCCACAGAACUGUUUGGUGAAAACCGCACGAUGACCAUUCACAACGGCAUGAUGUUCAGCACCUACGACAGAGACAACGACAACUGGCUCCCCGGGGAUCCUUCCAAACAGUGCGCCAGAGAGGACGGAGGGGGCUGGUGGUACAACCGCUGCCACUCAGCCAAUCCCAACGGCCGUUACUACAUAGGCGGAGCCUACACGCGCCACAUGGCCAAGCACGGCACAGACGACGGCGUGGUGUGGAUGAACUGGAAGGGGAGCUGGUAUUCCCUGAAGGCCAUCAGCAUGAAGAUCAGGCCGUUCUUUGCCUCCAGAUAAUCGUGCCGCAGUGCGUCGACACAUGACACGUACAGGAAACUGCCAAAAUAAAAGACUCCAGAGUGUGGUGUGUCUGUGUAACAUUCAACUGGUACUCAAGUGUGUCCUUUAUUUUAGCAGUAGCUGUUAUGUUGAUGGACACACACUCACGUUCACACACAACUGAAACCAGACGUGUGCUGAAAACGACCAGUAAUAAAUGAACAUGCAGCAUUAAGCUUAGAAACAAAGUGAAAUAAUAACAUGUCAGAUAAAAAGAUGAAGAGAAACAUGGUUGUUGUUGUGAGUGAAUGUGCUGUGAGCUGUCCUCUCUCGUUAUGUGUGACGUCUUCAGUGUGCACUAGGACAAGUUGCUGUCAACUGUCCUCCGCUACUCAAUAAACACAUUGAGCAACAUA